AUGUCGAGCAAAACGAUCAUCGUCACUGGCGCCUCAAGAGGAAUCGGUCUAGCCAUCGCAAAAUACCUCCUCACUGCACCACAAUCCCACAAUGUUGUCGUCAUUGCCCGCAGCGUUGAACCCCUCCAGAAACUCAAGGAGCAAUACAGCAGCCAAGUUGCCGUGCUGAAUGGCGAUCUAUCGGACUUUUCCCUCGGCCAGAAGGCUGUCGAUCUAGCCCUCAAGUCCUUUGGACGUCUAGAUGGAAUGGUCCUCAAUCAUGGUAUUCUAGGCCAAGUUGGCAAGGUUGCGCAGGCAGAUGUACAACAAUGGAAACAGGGGUUCGACGUGAACUUUUUCAGCCUGGUUGCUUUUGUUACUGCCGGCCUACCUGCCCUCCGUGAGUCCAAGGGAAAGAUAAUCUUCACUUCGUCCGGUGCGUCGGUGUCGGCCUACCGAGGUUGGGGCCUCUACGGGUCCACGAAAGCUGCGAUGAACCAUCUUGCUCUGAGCUUGGGAGAGGAAGAGCCUGAGGUCACCAGCAUAUCUAUUCGGCCGGGCAUGGUCGAUACGGAAAUGCAGCGUGAACUACGAGAAGAUCAUUCUACAACGCUGGAGCCCCAGGUCCAUGCCAAGUUCACUACUGUUCAUAAAGACGGAAAGCUUCUUAAGCCCGAGCAGCCGGGCCAUGUCAUGGCCAAGCUGGUGCUAGACGCCCCGAACUCAUUAACGGGAAAAUUUAUCUCAUGGAAUGAUCCGCUCCUCGAAGCCUUCCAGGCAUAA